UCGUGAAACAAUGGCGGAAGCUGACUUGGAUGUUCAAUUUGUAGGAGACGAUGAGGUUUUUGCUUUUAUAUGUGAGCUUGAUGCUAUAAUUGAAGUACAGGAAGAUUUUGAUACGGCAGGCGACAAGAUUCUGGAAAUGAAUAUUAAGGAAGAAAAGUGUCAGUCUUGUGAUAAAACAUUUAAGACAGUCCGCGGUUUGCUGCGACACAAGGCCUCCAAACAUGAGAAGUUAUCCCUCCCACUGUCCAGGCUAAAAUCUAUUAUGGAAUUAGCCUGUCAAGAAAUUGCAGCCGAUCGCUGUUAUGGAACAGAAGUCAAUACUUCGUUUGAGCUUUAUUGUAAAGAGAGAUAUCCCCUUCAAGAUGGUUUUAUUUCUGAGUCAUUUUGUAAUAUCAUAAAGAAAGUUCUGUCAAAGCUGGUUGAUAAAAAGAGCAAAGAACUCUAUUAUGCAGAAUAUUACAGCGAAGUAGUAAACAAGAGUAAAGAAUUAUUCCCACUUUUAAAAGAACAUGAGGCCCCCUUGCUUGCAAUUAUUGUUUGUGAGAGGUUAAUGACAGAGUUUCAAUCUGUUUCAAAGCAACCUGCACCAUCUGUGCCACAAAUAAAUGACAGAGAUAAACAGUGCAUACAAUACAUUGGUGGGUAUGUGUUGAGAAAACUAUACUACAGCAUAAAAACAGAUUCUCCACAAAACGAAAUCACGAAGUCCAUCAUCAUAUGUUUCAAAGACGAUAAUCUCGUUGAUCAACUUUUGAUAUCAGCAGUGAAUCGUGGAGGUCUGUGGGGCAUUAAAAGGCCUGUAUCCAAUUUGUUUCUUGCUGCAGAGCGCAAAUUUAGAGAAGCAACUGUUGGAGCAAAUAUAACAUUGAUAGCAAUUAGUGCAAUAACCAAUAAGUUAUUAGAUGACUUAAAUGUGAGAGAACUUUUUUCAAGUAUUCUUGAAGACUGCCCUGCUUAUGAACCUAAAGAUGAUGAACUAGCCAAAAACAUUUUACAGGAAAUGUUUACCUUGUUUUUGAGAGUAAGGUCAUUUUCAUAUGCAAAGGACAUCAUAAACAGACAAAAACUCAAAACAACAAGUGGGAAAAAAAAGAGCUUAAGAAAAGAACUGAAGCAAACUAACACUGAUCAUACUAAAUCUAAGAAGAAAUAA